AUGCUUGCCAUAUUAUUUAGUCUGUUUAUAGCAUUGGCAAGCGCCUACCCGGCGCGGGGGCCUUGUACGGGGGACUGCUGGACUCAUGAUCCUUCCAUGAUCCAGCGUGAGUCCGACGGCAAGUACUUCCGUUUCUCGACGGGCACUGGUGUCAAUACCAUGACCUCCAGCUCGCUGACGGGCCCAUGGACGGAUGUGGGCAAGGCUCUGCCAGGUGGUUCAAAGAUUGUUCUCGCCGGUGCGGACAGCAGCGACAUUUGGGCCCCUGAUGUGCAUUACCAGGGUGGUACAUACUACAUGUACUACGUGCUCUCCAAGCUGGGCACGCAGACCUCUCAAAUCGGCGUUGCCACCUCCACGACCAUGGAGCCCGGUUCCUGGACGGACCACGGCAUCGUUGGCAUCCCCGCCAACAGCGCCUACAACCGCAUUGACCCCAACUGGAUCACCAUCGGCGGCAAGCAGUACCUGCAAUUCGGCUCCUACUGGCAGGACAUCUACCAGGUUGCGCUCGAGAGCCCGCUGCAGGUGGGCUCGAACACGCCGCACCAGAUCGCGUACAACGGCAGCCUGAACCACCGCGUUGAGGGCUCAUUCCUGUACCAACACGGCAGCUACUACUACCUCUUUUUCAGCGGCGGCAUCGCGGGCUCCUACACGGCUACGUACCCCGCCCAGGGCGAGGAGUACCGUGUGCAUGUGUGCCGCUCAUCGAGUGGACUCGGAGGCUUCGUGGACGAGUCUGGCAGGUCUUGCCUCGAGUCUGGCGGCACGAUUAUCCUCGCUAGCCACGACCAGGUCUACGCUCCUGGCGGACAGGGUGUUCUGAACGAUAAGUACCUCGGUCCGGUGCUGUACUACCACUACUACUCGCUCGCGGCGAAACAGGCCGGCGGCAAUGGUAUCGAUGGCUACCUGUACGGCUGGAAUGAGCUGGACUUCUCGAGCGGCUGGCCGGUGGUCAAGGCCGUCUAA